AAUGAACUGCGUGUUCCAUAUCAUUAUGAGUAUAUGUUAGAUUCAAUGAUUAUUAAAUGUAUAGCUAAUCCAUUCAGCCAGCUCUCCACAUAGCUGGCUAAACGGUUGUCAGAUCUAAGACUCUUCGCGUUUCUAGACAAACUACCUCACGUUUAUGUUGCUUGUCAAUGUUCGCUAGCUAGCUGUCAAUACAGCUGAAUUUGAAGUAAUAUUAGUCCUAGUAGUAGUGGAAAUAAACGUGCUGCGAGAAAUACAGGUAUGUAAUUUGCUUGAAUGUUGACAACUAACUAACCGGUCGAAUAGCAAUAGCCAACAAUACCUAGCUAUCUUGUAGAGUUGACGCUAUAGCAAGCAUCAUAAUCCUAAACUGGCUAACGUUAGUUUACGUAAUUUUGCCACACUAACGGUAGCUAUAAUUUCUCAUCGAGGAUUAAAGCUAGCACCAUUUAACAACCCAGCCAGCUCGUUUGGUAGGCUACGUAAAGAAACUAGGCAACUGGGCACAAUGCAUAAAAGCAUUGCUACAUUGAAGGCGGAGAACACUGGAUCUCAUGCAGCGAAAGAAAAAGGGGACACGCUGUCGCUGAUCGACGUUAUCAAGGAGAAUCAUCUGAGGGCUCCAAGUCCCAAUUAUGAUGACGACUCGGAAGCCGAGUCAUACCGGGAUGGUCACACUGAAGAGGUUGACAGGGAGACGAAGCUCCGGGCGUACACUUGGUGCAAGGACUUCCUCUCCGGGACAUGGAAAACCAUUAAUGAGAGGGAUUUCCAGAUUAGCAUUGUCCGCGGUGGCCUCAGUAACCUGUUGUACCUGUGUACCCUGCCCGACCAUGAGGACUGCGUGGGGGACGAGCCGCGACAGGUGCUGCUGCGGGUCUACGGAGCUAUUCUCCGGGAUGUUGAUUCCCUGGUGCUGGAAAGCGUGAUGUUUGCCAUUCUGGCUGAGCGGCAGCUUGGUCCACGCCUGUACGGCGUCUUCCCUGCGGGUCGUCUGGAGCAGUACAUGCCAAGUAGGCACCUGAAGACCGAGCAUCUCAGUGUUCCGGAGAUUUCCGCAGAGAUUGCGACGAAGGUGGCCCACUUCCAUAGGAUGGUCAUGCCCUUCAACAAGGAGCCCAAGUGGCUGUUUGGGACCAUAGACAGGUACAUGGAGCAGAUACUGAAGCUGAAGUUUGUGCGCGAUGCUCACGUGAAGAAGUUCAACAAGCUGAUGAAGUACAACCUGCAGGCCGAGCUGGAGAGCCUGCGAACGCUGCUAGCGGAGACCCCCUCUUCUGUAGUGUUCUGCCAUAAUGAUGUUCAGGAAGGGAACAUUCUUCUGCUGGAUGAGCCUGAAAAAGACACCACAGAAAAGCUCAUGCUCAUAGAUUUUGAGUACAGCAGCUAUAACUACAGGGGCUUCGACUUUGGGAAUCACUUCUGUGAAUGGGUGUAUGACUACACGUACGACAAGUGGCCGUUUUACAAGGAGACCGCGGCUAACUAUCCCACCAGGGAACAGCAGUUGCAUUUCUUUCGGAGCUACCUGGCAGAAAGCGGAGGGUACUCCGAAUGCACAACGCCGGAAGACCGAGCCAGGAUUGAGGAGGAACUGAUCAUUGAAAGCAACCGCUAUGCUUUGGCCUCCCAUUUCCUAUGGGGUUUGUGGUCCAUCAUCCAAGCCAAGAUGUCUCAAAUUGAGUUUGGGUAUAUGGACUAUGCCCAGAGUCGAUUUGAUGCCUACUUCAAGCAAAAAAAGAUGUGUACCUAAUUUACCCCCCACCCCCAACCCCUUCUCUCACUCAACGCAAGGUGAAUCCUGCUUACUGCAACUAACAGAUUUAAAGCAUCAUCUUUCUGAGUUUUCCUGUUUUCAAAGCCCUCUCAACUUUCCAGUGAUCCCAAGCAGUACAGAAACAUGUAAGCAGCACUGACCUUUAAAAAAAUGGCAUUUGGAAAAAGAACACUGAACUCAAUGCAGGCACAAGCCCUGCUUGGCAACUGAUGAAUUCCAAAGCGAAGUAACCGUUAGAUGUUAAUGAACGCCAUCCGCAAGACCAGCACUUAAAAAAUAAGCACAUGUACAUAGAAACAUUUUACUAAUUGCACUUACGUUGUCUUGUUUAAUAUCAACACAUAACCCAAGAAUCUCGUGGGCCAAUAAUACAACAAAUAUAUGUACAGCGCAUGCUUUCAUUGCUCUCUAUUGUCAUACAAAGAAUGCACAACUGUUUUUUUAAAUGCUUUAUGCUUCCUUUGUGCUUAUGCUUGUAGAUACACCAAUGACAAAGAAAAUAUUGCCUGGAAAGAUUGUUCACCAUUUUUUAUUUGUUGAAAAUUCACCUGUUAUUCAUAUUUGCGGCCAACGAUUGUAUUCAUGUACUUUAUUUUGUCGUAAUUUAACUUGCCAUCAUGUUCUUGCAACGCCGCAAAGCUAAGGGUCCAGAACUGUAUCAUCCCAAAAGUGUGUUUAUCUGUCGGCAGAACCAUUGCUGUACACUCAACCCACACAUUAUUCAUCCAGGGUUUGAUAGUGUUUAAAAAAUUGUGAUCGUCUUUGCUUUUUCUUCACCUAUGAUGUUCAAAUGAAAAUUGUUCUAUAUAAUAAUAAUGUUGUUUUACCUGAGGCUUUUAUCCAAAGUGACUUAACAGUUUGGCCCGCAGAGUGAAUUUUCAGGCUUGUUUACAUUCUCGUUCACAUAGCUGUCCCAUGUGAAUACAUUGUAUGCUGAAGUAAAAUAGUAUAACGGCACUCAAACUUAAUCAAAAUCAAUUGCCUUAGUAAGUUUUGUUUUUAGAUUGCCUUUUAACAUGUUGAAGACAUACUGUGGUACCCCGGAGGGAGCGGGAGCGAGAGCGAGAGCGAGAGCGAGAGAGAGUAAAAUUGGUGGAAAGAAAAAAAUUAUAAUAAAUAAAUUUCCUUUUUUUUUUUUUUUUUUUUUUUUUCAGUGCCGGUGCCUUCAGGGCACUUCUUUAGUGUCCAGGACAAACGAAAACCAUUCCCUUCUCAUACACGGGAAUCUGAUCACAAAAACGGUAAAAGGAAACUAGAAAAUAAGUCCGUGCUCAAAAAAUUAGGGAAUUUCAAAAAACGGUAACCGGUGAAUUAGGGCGGACUUCAGGCGGCGGGGUUCACUCGCUCGUCUCCGCUGUGGGGCCGUGAUCUCUCCGGGGUGUCCCGGCCUCGGGAGUCCGCUUCCCCCCCGCCUAGGCGUCUAGGGCACAGGUUAGUUGGCUUCUAGCCGGAUUGAUGUGCUCACGUGGCGUUCGCUCGGUUGCACUGGCUCCGCGGGUCUCCUCUCGUUCGCCCCUGAGCCCCUCUCUGCUCCCGAGUUCGCCCUUUUGUAGGGUGUUGCUCUCCCCUCCAACUCGGUGCAGCUGUGCCUGGUUAAUUGCGAGAGGUUAGUGGCGUGCAUUCCGCACGCGUUUCGGUGGUGCUGAUUCCUUUUCCGGCGCGGCUCUCUCCAAGGUGCCGGUCCCUCAAAUACGUCCACGGGAAAUAUUCCCCGCGAAUUACUUUCCCCAGCUCCUGGCGCCGUCGCACAGCCCGCCCCUCUUCAGUGGUGUACUGAUCCUUGAUCGGGCCACCACAAUACACAUUUUGAUUGGACCAUCACUAAAAUAAAAUGGUUUGAUAAGCGAAAGGCAAUUUUUCAACUUGUUUGUUAGUAUUCUGUUUUAUACUAUUCUUAUAUUCCAAUCAAAGUGGGGCUAAUUAUACAGUGCUCCAUUAAGUUAUAUCUACUGGCUUUGUAAAUACUCAAGCAGUCAGUGUUUCACACCAAAUACUGUACUUGCUCCACAUUACAGUAUGUGCAUGUUCACAGCACUAAUGAUGUCAGGUUGGCUGGUAGGGGCAUGCAUAGAACUGUGCUUAUAUUAUUGUAUAGGGCUUGGCUCCAUAAUGUACAACUGCCUUAUGGUGCUGAAUGCAGCCAGUAAUAGUGUAUACGCUGUACAGAAAUGCUGUGGUAGCGAAGCGAAUGCACUACCCGAAUGUGCUACCCGCCUUGUUAGAAACUGCAUCAUGUAUUUUACCAAGUUUGUUUUAAGCUUCACCUCGACAAGUGUUAAGUUUGAUUAUCAAAGUAGUUGGGUUUCACUUUGCUGAGGCUGACGCGUUGAUAUGGUGUUCAUUAAAAAUAUUUGGUGAACACAAAGCUUAUAAAUCGGGUAAGUUUUGUCGUUGAACUGAACUAAAUACCUGUAUUAGGACACUUAAAAAGAUGAGAGGCCUGUAAUUUUCAUCAUAGGUAUACCUCAACUAUGAGAGACGAAAUGAGAAAAAAAAAAUCCAGAAAAUCACAUUGUCUGAUUUUUAAAGAAUUUAUUUGCAAAUUAUGGUGGAAAAUAAGUAUUUGGUCAAUAACAAAAGUUAAUCUCAAUACUUCGUUAUAUACCCUUUGUUGGCAAUGACAGAGGUCAAACGUUUUCACAAGGUUCACACACUGUUGCUGGUAUUUUGGCCCAUUCCUCCAUGCAGAUCUGCUCUAGAGCAGUGAUGUUUUGGGGCUGUCGCUGGGCAACACGGACUUUCAACUCCCUCCAAAGAUUUUCUAUGGGGUUGAGAUCUGGAGACUGGCUAGGCCACUCCAGGACCUUGAAAUGCUUCUUACGAAGCCACUCCUUCGUUGCCCGGGCGGUGUGUUUGGGAUCAUUGUCAUGCUGAAAGACCCAGCCACAUUUCAUCUUCAAUGCCCUUGCUGAUGGAAGGAGGUUUUCACUCAAAAUGCUCACCGUUCUUGUGAUCAUUUUGACCCCACGGGGUGAGAGCUUGCCCAGAUCGAGGGAGAUUAUCAGUGGACUUGUAUGUCUUCCAUUUUCUAAUAAUUGCUCCCACAGUUGAUUUCUUCACACCAAGCUGCUUACCUAUUGCAGAUUCAGGCUUCCCAGCCUGGUGCAGGUCUACAACUUUGUUUCUGGUGUCCUUUGACAGCUCUUGGUCUUGGCCAUAGUGGAGUUUGGAGUGUGACUGUUUGAGGUUGUGGACAGGUGUCUUUUAUACUGAUAACGAGUUCAAACAGGUGCCAUUAAUACAGGUAACGAGUGGAGGACAGAGGAGCCUCUUCAAGAAGAAGUUACAGGUCUGUGAGAGCCAGAAAUCUUGCUUGUUUGUAGGUGACCAAAUACUUAUUUUACCGAGGAAUUUACCAAUUAAUUCAUUAAAAAUCCUACAAUGUGAUUUCCUGGAUUCUUUCCCCCCAUUCUGUCUCUCAUAGUUGAAGUGUACCUGAAGUGAUGAAAAUUACAGGCCUCUCUCAUCUUUUUAAGUGGGAGAACUUGCACAAUUGGUGGCUGACUAAAUACUUUUUUGCCCCACUGUAAACAGUUUGCAAAUUGCCCACCAAAGUGAUCUCUGGGCAACUUUAGCAAAGCACAGUGGUGAUAGGAGGUGCCCCAAAAGGAUACGGUUUGAAGUGGGUUUCUGUUUUUCUAUGUCUGUUUUCGUUUAAAGCAUGUCUUCUGCAUUUCACACAGUGAGAUGUUUGGGGGCACGUAGUUUUACAUGACUUCAUUCUCCUCUUGUUCUCUUCUCUGUACAGCAGACUUUGGGGUGUCUUUUUAAAAUGUGUUCCUUGUGCUUCGCUUAUUUGCUAUGACUGAACUAACAAGUUCUCUGUUUCAGGCUAUUUACAACUCUCAGCGAGAACUUUAUUAGGUAUUUUGGACAUUUUUUUAGACUUAAGUCUUCUGCUGCUGUAUCCACUGAUGCAUUGUGUGUUCAGAGAUGCUCUUCUGCAUACCGCUGUUUUAAUGUGUGGUUAUUACUGUCACCUUCCUGUCAGUUCAACCAGUCUGGUCAGCUUCUCCUCUGACUUCUCAUUAACAAGGUGUUUCUGCCCACAGAACUGCUGCUCAGUCUCCCUAAUAAAGUGUUCACUGAGUGUACACUUGCUAGUGAACACAUUGGGCCAGUGAACCAAUCUGUGGGGCAAUUGAAAAAAAUAAAAGAAAAAAAAUAACACAUUGAUUAUCAUCAAGACAAAAUAAACUUUUAAUAAAAUAUCCAUUUAAAGGUGACUUCCAUUUAAAGGAACCAGAUGAAAACUUGUGUUAAUUCCGAUUUCUUUUGGUGCCCUAAUCUCUCUUGGCUUUGUUUUUGUUUAUGCACUAAUAGCAAUGUAUGAUCAAUGUAUGUUAAUAAACUCAAUUUUCUGCA